CACAAUUUAGUAAACCCACCACAUUGGGUCUUUUAUUUUUUAAAAGAGUAAUUCAUGAAUCACUGGUUUUAAUUGAGUUCGUUUCUUUGACCAUUGUUACGUCGGGAGGAAGAAAACGGACAUGGCGGCGAGGACGCCCCGCGUUGUCGAGAAGGUCGGUUAUAUCCAGAGAAUUGAAUUCAACAACGGCGGCAAGUUCAAUCCACUGAAUAAACAUAAUGCUUUGUGGUGGGCUAAAUGUUCAAUUAAUUUGCAGUACAGUACAGUUGAAGGGUUCCACCAAAUGCAUAAAUUGCAGUCGGUGAGAGCGGUUGAUUUGUUUCCAUUUGUGUGUGCUUUGGAAUUGGAUUCUCAGUACGUGGCAUGCACUGUGAAGGUUCUCAUUCUUUAAAAUGUGGCCCAUGCCUUUCCAAUCACGUGGUUGAUAGUUGUCCUAUCAUAAAGAGCCGUGUUUGGACAGUUUUUAGCAGUUUAUUUUAGCAGCUAGAGUAGGACUUUCUGAACAAAACCCCUGGAGUGUGUGUGUUUGUUUGCAGAGCUUUACAGUUGACAAAAUUGAAGACAAAUCUCCCCGAGGAAAAGACCCUACUUACCACUUUGCUACCAUUUCCAUAAGUGUCUAGAUCUUGAGAAAUAGGUUAAUUUGUUGUCACCUGACUAGUGACUAACAAAUUUUGGGCGCUGUUGCUGGGGAGAUUUGUUCUCUUCUGUUCUCUCUACUUGUUAAGUAGCUGAAAUUUGAAGUUUUAUGUUCCCUACCUUGUUUGCUUGAAACUGUUCCCUUCUAAAAGUUAAGUUUUUUUACUGACAUUUGUUUAAGUUUGAUGUGUUGUCUGUUGAUUGAUGCAUUUGAGAAGUGAGUUUGACACAGCUAAGCUAAGUGUUAAUGAAAAUAAUGAAGCUCAGGUAAGUGC